AUGGUAGCAGAGCAGAUCAUCGCAGAAGAUGAUAGACAGGAGAUCCAGGACAAGGAAGGAAUUCCUCCGGACCAGCAGAGACUUAUCUUCGCCGGUAAACAGCUUGAAGAUGGCCGUACCUUGGCCGAUUACAACAUCCAGAAAGAAUCAACCUUGCACUUGGUUCUCAYGUUGAGAGGUGGCAUGCAGAUCUUUGUCAAGACUCUGACUGGCAAGACCAUCACACUCGAAGUUGAAAGCUCCGACACUAUUGACAARGUCAAGGCAAAGAUCCAGGACAAGGAAGGGAUUCCUCCGGAUCAGCAGAGGCUUAUCUUCGCCGGGAAGACUAUCACCCUCGAAGUGGAGAGUUCAGACACCAUUGACAAUGUCAAGGCGAAGAUCCAAGACAAGGAAGGGAUUCCUCCGGACCAGCAGAGGCUUAUCUUCGGCGGUAAGCAGCUAGAGGACGGAAGGACUCUUGCUGACUACAACAUCCUGAAGGAGUCGACUCUGCACUUGGUGCUCCGUCUGAGAGGUGGUAUGCAAAUCUUUGUGAAGACUUUGACAGGCAAGACUAUCACCUUGGAGGUGGAGAGCUCGGACACAAUUGACAAUGAUGAUCCAAAUGGUGAAACAAAAAGCGGUUUACAAGAGACUAAAUUCCACGUUUCUUCUUGUGUCUCUGUGUGA